GAGCAGCCGCCCCACCGCCUAGCGCUCCCACCCCCGGGAUGCUCGGGGCGGGGGGGGGGGUCCCCCCCGGGGCAGGAGCGGCCGUGGGGUGCCGGUCCCCUCCCUCCCCGCCGGGGCUGAGGAAGCGGAGGGAGCCGCGGAGUUGCUCUGCAUAUUAAUGAGCCGGGAGCAAGGGCAGCGGGAGCCGUUUUAAAAGAGGACAAGGGGAGGAAAGCGGCAGAGCGCAGGCAGAGCGCAGGCAGCAGCAGGCAGCCGCAGGGCAGCAGCACCGCCGGGAGCCGCUCGCUGCUGUCCUCUCCCUGGCGACAUCCAGCCCCGGGGACAGGGGGAUCAGGGGGACGAACCCGAAACGAGAAAACACAUUCAAAUCCCCGGCUUCGCUUUAGGUACCUGCUGUCUCACCAUGAAGCUCCUGACAGCAGCCUUGCUUCUGCUGUUCAUCGCGAUGUGCUUAGCCAGCGCGGAAGGCGUAAAGUGCAAAUGUUCAAGAAAAGGUCCUAAAAUCAGAUUUUCUAAUGUGCGGAAGCUGGAAAUAAAACCAAGGUACCCGUUUUGCGUGGAAGAGAUGAUUAUCGUGACUUUGUGGACGCGGGUGAGAGGGGAGCAGCAGCACUGCUUAAACCCCAAACGCCAAAACACAGUGAGACUGCUGAAGUGGUACAGAGUAUGGAAAGAGAAAGGCAGGGUUUAUGAAGAAUAAGAAGCAGCAGUGUGAGGAAUGGAGCAGACUCCCUUGGCUGGCGUAGGACUGGGCUCUGCAGAAGAUUAUUUCUCUCUCACAGACAUAAGACACAAAUUCUAUAUUAUUAUGAAGCACUUUUUACCAAGGGUCAGUUUUUACAUUUUAUAGCCGCGUGCAAAAGGCUUCCAGAUUUCACAAGCAUCUGUUGCACUUCAGAUCUCAUACCCGUCUGCUCUGUACUGAGAUUGGGAAAACUCAUGCUUUCCAUUUUACAGAGGUUGUUUUUUGAGUUGUUUUUUUUAUUGUUAUUCAUUCAUACUUCAUUAUGAUUGCAAUCGAGCUUUAUAAGCUCAUUAGACAAACAGUAAUGUUUGUAAAGGUGUUAUACAGCCGCGUCCCUCACCCUUUCGCAGUGGGAAAGCUUCGGUGCUGUGGUGGUUUGUCAUGUUUGCAGCCUCCACCAUAGUCAGGCAAAGCAGGGACCAAAGAUGAGCUUGCUGAGGAAGAUGCCACUGCAAUGGCAUGGCUGGAACUGCAGAAGUGAGGUCCCUCAGCACAUCGUCAAAUGAGCAUGAACAUCACUUGGGUACCUCCUCUUUAAUGGACUUGAGGUCUUGCUGCAAGGUGAAGCGUACCAUAUCUCCUGUUUAACAUUUCAUGCGUUAGAACGCAUUUUUAGUCAUUUUUAUUACUAAGAAAAUGUUUUGGGUUGGUUUUUUUCCCCCACCUGAAGCUCUUACAGAAAGUUUGCGGCUUCGGUACGGACACAUUUUAAGCUUCAAGACUAUUGUGUAUGAUUUCCUAGAUUUGUAGCAACAAAAAAAGCCUUUAAAAGGUACCUUUUUAUGAAAAAUAUGAUAGGGCAAACAUAUAAAUACCUAUAUAUGUUUUAGUCACAAUACAACAUAUUCAUUAUUUUGAAUGUAAUACUUCAAUGUUAAGCAGUGCAUUCCUCUUUUUAAAAUAACAAAACUACCUUUUCAUUUGUAAAUAUACUAUAGGAAGUCUCCCUAUAUUAUCUUUCUGUAUAAUGUACUGUACUGCUAAAUUAUCAUAUGCUAUUUAAAUGUUUGAAAUAUUUAGAAGGUUGCAUGCAGAUUUCAUAUUUCUUUCUAAGACAAAUGAAAAAAGUAAUAAAAAAUAUAUUUAAAAAAAGC